AUGAAAAUGAUGAAGCAUGUGUUAAUGGUUACUACAUUAAGCAUGGUGGUAGGAAUCGUUGGCCUUGUAGCUGAUUCACCACCAAAUACCUGCACUGAGAUUCGCACUUGCCGAAAUGUAGAAAUUCCAUACCCUUUUGUGAUAUACAAAAACCUCAAGAGUUGUUCACCAGAUCCAAGAUUAAUUAAGCUCAAGUGCAAUGAUAAAGACGGACUUGUUAAGGGUAACGUACCAGUAUUAAGCAUAAACAUCUCCACAUCUCAAAUUGAACUGUCGUUAAUUGUCUCCAAGUAUUGCGGCAAGAAUAAUAGUAAUAACCCAUCGCUUACCUCGAAGUCUUUUACCAUUUCAAGCAAAGAUAACAAGUUACUAACUGUUGGUGAUAACAGUUACGGUUAUCUUAACAGUUUCGGUGAUGAUGGCAGUAAGUACUCAACAGGGUGCUUAACAAGAUCUUUUGGUGAUUCAAGAUCGAUUGAUCAUGGAACAUGUUCGGGUAUUGGGUGUUGCCAAGUUGAUAUUCCCCCUCGAAUGAGGAAUAUAACUAUAGAAGCUUCUAGUUUUGACGAAUUACCAAAAUCUUGUAGCUAUGCAUUUGUUGUCAAGAAUGGUAACUAUACUUUUUCUUCCACUCAUUUAUCUCAAGGCUUACCUGAUGACUUACCUGUGAUUUUUGACUGGACCAUUGACUUUGCCAAUAACUGCACUUCUGCCAAGAAUAAUGGAGUCAAUUAUGGGUGCAAGAACAAUAGUAAAUGUGAUGAUGAGGACACAGAUUAUGGUUAUCGAUGCAUAUGCAAUCCAGGCUAUGAAGGAAAUCCUUAUGAUCCCAUUGGCUGCAGAGACAUUAAUGAAUGUGAAAAUGACACACAUGAAUGCAAAACCAAAGCAAAUUGUAAGAACAUUGAUGGGAGUCACACAUGUUUCUGUCCAAAGUGGGGGUCUUCUGGAGAUGGAACAAAGAAAGGAGGGUGCCAAAAUUUACCAAAUAUUGUUCUUGGAGUAGGAGCAGCAUUUAUUCUUCUAUUUGCUGGGACAUUUUCAUACUUAAUAUACCAUAAGAGGAAAUUCAUCAAAUUGAAAGAGAAACUGUUUGAACAGAAUGGUGGUUUAUUUUUGAGACAAAAACUGUCUGGAAAAGAAUAUUCAUCCUCUCAAAGUACUCAAAUAUUCACACAGGAUGAACUAAAGAAGGCAACCAAAAACUUUGACGAGAGUUUAAUUGUAGGCAGAGGUGGUUUUGGUACUGUUUUCAAAGGAUUUCUAGAUGACAAAAGAAUUGUUGCUAUCAAGAAGUCGAAACAAAUAAAUAAAAACCAAAUUCAGCAAUUCAUUGAUGAGGUGGUUGUUCUGUCUCAAAUAAAUCAUAAGAAUGUAGUCAAACUUUUGGGGUGUUGUUUAGAGACAAAAGUUCCUCUCUUGGUUUAUGAAUUUGUUUCCAAUGGUACCCUAUCUAAUUUUAUACACAAAGAACGACAAGUGAAUAAUGGAACCUGGAAAACUCGUCUUAAGAUAGCAGCAGAGGUAGCCGGAGCUUUGUCAUAUCUACAUUCUGGUGUCACAAUACCCAUUAUCCACAGUGAUGUCAAAAGUGAUAACGUUCUCUUGGAUGGAACCAACAUUACUGCUAGAGUAUCUGAUUUUGGAGCUUCAAAAUUGGUUCCACUUGAUCAAACUGAAGUAGCGACAAUAGUGCAAGGAACUUUUGGCUACUUAGAUCCAGAGUAUAUGCAAACAAGCCAAUUGACUGAUAAAAGUGAUGUCUAUAGCUUUGGAGUAGUUCUUGUGGAGCUGCUAACAGGGGAGAAACCUUUUUGUUUUGGUGGGCAAGAAAAUAGUAGAAGCCUUGCUAUGCACUUUUUAUCUUAUUUGAAAAAGGAUAGGGUAUUUGAAGUUAUUCAAAAUGGUAUGCGGAAUGAAGGAAAUGAACAAGAGAUCAAGGAGGUUGCUGUUCUUGCGUCACAGUGUUUGAGACUAAGAGGGGAGAAAAGACCUAGCAUGAAGGAAGUGGCUAUGAAAUUGGAAGGAAUGACGAUAUUGGAUAAGCGAUCUCCGGUCGAUGAUGACAUAAAUAUAGAGGAGACUCAGUACUUACUUUAUGAAUCAUCAUCAUCUAGCAUUCAUGAACUUGGUGAUACCAGCAAACAUGGAGAUGUCGGGUAUGACAGCUUGAAAGAAUGUAAAUUGAUUGUCUUGGAUGAUGGAAGAUGA